UUUAUUUUCAUAAUUUCUUUUUAGAAAACUGCCCUUCUCACCUUAAGGGGGGAACACCCUCUGGAAUUUUUUUAUUUUUGCAUUAUCAAUUUUUUGCCUAAAAAUAAUUUAUCAACCGAAGAAACUGUUUCAGUGGUCUUAGCCUUAAAUGAAGCCUCAAAAGUUCCCAGGUUGUUCUGAAACCCAUGAAAUGAAAACUUUAAACGAUUUUUUCUCGAAACUCGUUUUUUUUCCGCGCCGUGCAACGUAACUCAAAAACUAAUGAAGCUAUCGACUUGAAAUAAAAAGCAAAUUACUCGUUAACUCAUUGGUCAUUGCCUAAAAGUUCAAUAAAAUUUUCACAAUAAAUAUUUUUUUUAACAAUUUGUUUAUAAAAAAACAUUGUGUUUUUUAGUUUUUUUGGUCUCUAAUUUUUAUUUUACACUUUUUUUUUUUCUAAAUUUAGGUUCAUGCAAUGCGUAUAAAUAUAUUUUAAUGGAAAAAAUUCUCUUUUGAUAAUAAAUAAUAUACUGGACCUGGGCAUUGCACGGCCCAAAUGGGAGGCAUCAACUUUAAACGGUUGUAGACCCGCCAUUUUGUUUUUUUAUUACUUCAAAAAAUUGUGUAAAGACUUCAUGAUGUUAAUAAUAUAAUGUAUUUGAAUGAAAAAAUAAAUAAAAUAAAAUAGAUUAAAUAUUUAAAUGGUUAUUUUAUUAUAACUCAGUCUUUUAAUACAACUUAAUUUUAAAUUAUGGCAACGCGUUUCGGAAUUAACAUUCCAUCUUCGGGCUUCCAAACUGAUUUAUGUUGUUUGCGGUAUGACUGUCUCUUUUCCAUGUUGUUGUUGUUGUUGACUUUGUUAAGAUUUAUAUUUGGUUGUGUUUAAAUGUAAUAUGUAAUUGUUUUAGAGAGGUAAAGUGUGGUUGUCUCAUUUUAUCUGUUGGUAUGUUUGAGUAAUGUGUCGAAUAGUGAAUUUGUUUUCAAUGUCAACUUGUCGUUGAGUAGGUCGUCUUCUUUCUUCUUGUUAGAUUUGUAGAUUUCAAAUUCUUCGAGUGCAUCAAGUAAUGUAUUUUUCCAAAUUUUAAUUAAUGCUUUCAGUUUUCCAAAAAAAAUUCUUGAAAAACCCGUCGUCCAGAGGGAUUUCCCCCCUUAACGGGGGGAGAUAGACCCCCCUCCCAAAGAAAAAAAAAAUGUUUGUAUUGAACUCCUCUACAAAAACCCGUUACCAAAUCCUGGCAUCCAAGCUAUCCUACUACAUGCCAAAACAACAUUUUUGUUCUAUACCUAAAAGUUCGAAUUUCUGUAUCUGGGUUGAAAUCGUAAUUUUUUUUCUAAGCCAAUUGUUAACUAAAAUAAUGGAAUUUUUUAACUUUGACAGCUUAAAAAUUCUAGGUGGUUUAACCGAGUUACAUGUUUUAUACAUUGCUGAAAAGGUAUAUUUAUCUCCUAUCAGAAACUAAAAAAAAUCGAAAAUGGGUAAAAAUUUGACGAAGCUAGAUUUUUUUCAAUGGGUGAAGGUCAAAAAAACAGUAUCAGUGCGACUAGCUCUACAAAACGUGAUAGGUCUCCGCCCGCGUAUAUUUUAAAAGCACAGUGGUAAGGCACUGGCCUAGUAAGUCGAUCUUGUAUACUGUGAAAGAGUGAGCACGCGGAAAUCGACUUUCACAGUGUUUUAAUUCGUAAGCGGAAAGUAUGUUAGCAAACAACAAGUAAUAUAGCCAGCGGCGUUGUUCCCAGCUAGGCCGAGCAGAUUUGAAAGUUUUUUUUUAAACGAAAAAAUUCAAAUAACAUUCGCUUGACAUAGAGCGUAUGCAAUCGGAUGAUAUAGCGGGGACAUCGAAAGGUGCCCCAGCUAGGGAGGAGAAGCCAACGGCAAUCAAGCCAACGCCAACGACAGCCGAUAUGGGAGGGAGGAGUAAGAGGAGACGGCAACCGCUAAAGCCAAAGCCGAACCUGGUGAAGCGACGUUCUACAAAACCUUCAGCUGAGCUGCCAGCUGAAGAGAAGGAAACGGCGCGCACAGCUAAUAUUGAAGCUAAAAGCGAUCAUCAGAAGCCAGAAGAUGAUAAUGAUGUUAACUAUAUGUCCGAGGGGGGAGAAGGUCAUUUCGUUUCGGGUGACAGCAACAAGUUCGCUGUUCUGUCAUCGAGAGAGCCGUCAUCAGACGAUGAUGAAGAGGAGGAGCAGACCCUCCAAACUAAAAUAAAUGAGUUUGAGAGGAAAAUGGAUGCUCUCAGACAAGAAGUUGCGCCCCUGCUCGAGCGCAUGAAAGCAAAACAAGACGCCCGCAGACCCACGAAAAGCAAGAGCUCGCAGAUAAAAAAGCCGCUAAAGCAGCCAAAGCAGCGGAACAACAACAAUAAUAGCAGCUUCUACAUCAGCAAAAGGAAGUCCCUCAACCCCAGCGACAACAACAACAGCAGCAACAACAACAAUUGCCUGCACAAGUUACACACCAACAACAACAGCUGCCCGCACAGCAACAACAAGAACAGCUACAGCAGCAACAACAACAGCCAGAACAGCAAAGUACACAGCAACAACAACAACAAGCAACAUAGGUAAAGCCCAGUGGAAGCAAGCAGCAAGUGCGGAGGCGGACCCUAAGAAUAAGAAGUACAGGAAUGGGUGUUUGAAGAAACCAGUGCGGCAUUUUUUUUUUCAUUUUUACAAA